AUGUAUAUUCCAAAAUAUUAUGCCCAAGAGAACGAAGAGCUGCAAGAAAGUUUAAUUAGAGCCAACCCAUUAGGAACGGUUAUUAGUACUGGAGAAAGUGGAAUUAUUGCCAAUCAUAUACCGUUUUAUUUACACGUGGACAAAGACACCAACAAGAAAUAUUUACAAGGACAUUUGGCCAAGGUUAAUCACCAAGUCCCAUUAUUUAAAGAAAAAGGGGAGGUCUUGGUUAUAUUUCAAUCUCCAAGCUCGUACAUUAGUCCGACAUAUUAUCCAACCAAAAAUGAAACUCAUAAGGUCGUUCCUACUUGGGAUUUCGCUAGUAUUCAUUGUUAUGGGGUUCCGCGACUCAUAGAUGAUUCAGAUUGGGUUAGGUCGCAGCUUGAUAAUAUUACUGCCCAACACGAAACUAAGAAACCUGUUCCUUGGAAAGUCAGUGAUGCUCCGGAAAAUUACGUAAAACUAAUGCAAAAAGCCAUUAUUGGAGUAGAAAUUGAAAUAACUAGAAUCGAAUGCAAAUUUAAAUUCGAACAGAAAAUGAAGAGACAUGAUAUUGAUGGGGUCAUUGACGGGUUGGUGAAAGAUGAAAAGCCAGAAAUCGCAAGUUAUGUUACAAAGGCAAACGAAAUACCCUAA